AUGUCUACCCCACAGCCCGCGACAGCAGAUAGCGGCUACAUCACCGACCCCGGCCCAUUGAUGAAUACCUACACAUCGGAUCCCAGUCUUCAACGGACACUAGCAUGGUACCUACCAUCCACUACAUUGCAAUCUGUACAACCACAUCUCACCCAGUUCGGAGCCGAGGCUAUUUCCGAGCAGGUUCGUGAAUGGAGCGCCGAUGCUGAGCGCAAUGUGCCUUAUGUGAAGAGUCAUAACGUUUGGGGUAAGCGAUAUGAUUAUGAUCGGUUGGUGACCACGGAGGGCUGGAAGCAAUUGGGCAAAUGGGGUGCUCGGAAUAGGAUCGUCUCAGCAGGCUAUGACCAACAUCUGGGAGUUGACAGGAGAACAGUUCAGUAUGCGUUCAUGACCGAUGGUGCUGCUUUUAUUCUCUCAUCGAGAAUUAACAAGCUGCCAUCUACGCAUCCUUUUCAUACCGCGUUCCAAGGGCUGAUCUCCGAAAAGGAUGAUCACUGGACCUCGGGCCAGUGGAUGACUGAGAGAACCGGUGGUAGUGACGUCCAAAACACCGAAACAUGGGCUACAUACUCGCCGCUAGCUACCCCAGGCUUUGAUCCCCUAGGUGAUGGCGACUACCUCGUCAGCGGAUUUAAGUUCUUCUCCUCCGCAACGGAUGCAAACCUUGCUCUUUUGCUCGCAAAAACGCCAUCCGGGAAGCUAAGCACAUUCCUCGCGCCAUUGCGACGGACCGUCGUGGGUGCUGACGGCGUCUCCAAAGUUGUGUCUAAUGGUGUCAGGAUCCAUCGACUGAAGAAUAAACUCGGUACCAAAGAAUUGCCGACGGCUGAAUUGGAGCUAAAGGACAUGCGUGCGCAUCUCCUCGGCGAACUAGACCAGGGUAUCGUCACUAUAGCGCCUCUUCUUAAUGUUACCCGACUUCAUACCUUCGUUGGCUCGCUUGCUGGUUGGCGCCGAGCUGUUAGUAUCACAAAGAGCUUUGCGAAAGCGAGGACUACUGUUGGUGAGCCGCUCUGGUUGAUCCCAAUGCAUUUGCGACUUCUCGCAGACUUGGAAGUAAAGCACCGCGGUGCAAUGAACCUUGCAUGGUUCACAGUUGCUUUGUUUGGGGUUGUUGAGAAUCAAACACCGUCGUCCAAUAACCUCGCACAUCUACCUCAACCUGGGAAGGAAGCCGAGGUGGUUUUCCGUACCUUGACUGCGACUGCCAAGGCUGUUAUCAGUAAGAUGGCUACUGUGGGAAUUCAAGAAUGUCAGGAAUCUAUGGGUGGAGUCGGUUAUAUGGACGAGGCUGACGAGCCCGAGUUCAACAUCUCUCGUAUUCUGCGCAAUAACGCAGUCAAUUCUAUCUGGGAGGGCACUACCAACGUGCUAGCCAGCGAGUUUGUCCGCUUUCUUAUUAAGAAGGACAACUUGAAGAUAUUCGGAGCAUGGCUUGACCGUACCUUGACUCUGAUCCAGAGUGCAGAUCUGCAAAAUGCCCUGACAGCUGCGUGGUCAGCUUUGCGUGCUCGUUUCACGACUCAGGACCCUGCUUCAACUGUCGCUGAUGGUCGUCGCUUUAUGUUUACUCUGGCUUGGAUCCUAUCAGGUGCUCUUUUGGCGCUUGAUGCUGAGCGUGAUAAUGACCCUGUGGCAACAGAGAUCGCUCGUCGCUGGAUUUUGAGUGCCGAGGGAGGUGUGGGAGAGCACGUGUUCCAUGAUAUUGUUACAGUCAGUGGCACUGCUAGCGCUUCCUCUGGCGGCGAGAAACAUCUGCAAUGGGACUGCCGCAUUGCCUGGGGAAUCGACCUGCCGCCGAACCGUGCAUCUGGUCACCGAUCCUUGCAGAAGGCGAGCUCUAAGCUUUGA